UGUCCCCUCGCUGUUUUUGACAUCGCAUGGCGCAGUGGCUAUCUCUUACCUGUCGUGCAGACUAUGCGCCGAAUAUACGACUGUCUGGUAAUGCCUGGAGCUCAACAUUGCCUACAGCUGGCCAAUAGCUAAUGCUUUGCUUCCCCACCGCCGGGACCGGAGUCAGCAAUAGGCGAGACCACCGCCCGCGUCUGUCAGACGUUGGGCCACUGGGGGAAUGAUUGACCUGCUACCCAAGUCACUGUCGAACAAAUUCAACGAUUCAGCGGCGAUAUCAAUCCACAAGCGUGACUGGAGCACCGAUUCCUCGGGCAGCAGUCUGCUUAGCCCUGCCGAAUCACCAAGACGACGACGGGCCCGACGACGACAGUGGAAGCUCUCGAGAUGCCUGCCCAGCAAAGCAAUAUGCUACGCAGCGGCACUUGCUCUCUUGACCGUUAUUUCGCUCUGGUGGUUCCUGCGCCCUACGUCCACCGAUGGUCUCUUUGAAAUCUUGAGACCCGAUGUAGACGAUAGUGUUGCAGAAGAUGGUCCUAUUCCAAUCGGCAAGUCCGUGGAUCGAGCUGGGAGAGAAGUCUUCUGGUGGGAGGAGUUUCCCAGACUCCACGGCUUGUAUCGAGGCCGCAAGAACAUCGUACCAUUCUCCGACUAUGUCCCCGAACAACAGGCCAACACUUUCAAUCCUUUCGAUCCUGGCGAGCACGAUGACCCCGAGUUGAUUCCGCUCUCACUGCCCGUCCCCACAGACGUCGAACAAUGCUAUGUGGAUGAAGAGAGGGGAAUCCUGCCGCCGACAAUAGCCGCAUACGACGGGCUCCCGCAGGGUAUGACCGCACCCCUGUUUGGUUCUCAAAAUGUGCUUGGCAUCAAUGAUCAGGUCUGUUAUGACCGCAUAAAUCGACUGGCGCCAUAUGGCUUGGGACUUGCAGAAGAGCAAGGGGGACUCGGUAAACACCUAGAGGGCGACAACGAGGGACUAGAGCGCGUGGAUGCGGUCGACUGGAGGGGUAUCAAAUGGCGCGACGCGCAGCAGAGCUGUCUGUUGAAGAAUUCGCACCGGCGUCGAUCUCGGACUGCGUUUGUGUUACGCACAUGGAGCACCUUCCACUACACGGAAUCUCACAUUGCCAUGCUCCGCGCGAUAAUCAGCGAACUCGCGAUUGCGUCCGGGGGCCAGUACACGGUUCAUUUCCUGAUACACGUGCAGGACGACACCAUUCCAAUCUGGGCUUCAAGAGAACUGUACAACCAGGUGCUGAGGGACAGCUUACCAGAAGAAUUCCGAGGGAUGGGCACACUUUGGUCUGUGGCGCAAAUGAAGUUGAUCUACCCUCCACCAUUUCCCGACAGCAUUGUGAACUUCUCCGGCGGCGAGAUCUACGAGGCAUAUCGAUCCUUACAUUUUCCGCUACAAUACUUUGCAUCUCAAAAUUCCAAGUACGAUUAUUUUUGGCAGUGGGAAAUGGACAUCAGGGUUACGGGCAACUAUUACGAAUUGCUGAGCCAGAUCGAGUCCUGGGCCGAAAAACAACCGCGAGACUAUGCUUGGGAGCGAUCUUCAACGUUCUAUAUUCCAUCAUUGCACGACCAUUCUUUUGAGAAGUACGCUCAGUCUGUCGUUGAAGAGGUCCAGGCUCGCAACGACACCCCAAUAUCCGGCCCGCAAAUACCGCGCGAGCGACUCUUCAGCAUCCCAGAACAGAAAAUCCCCGACGGUAGCGACGAAGUUACAGAUCUAAUCACGUUGAACCCUCUCUUUGAUCCCGAACACACUCGUUGGGCCUUUCACGACGACAUAACUGGCUACAACGUGACCCGAGACGGACGGCCCCCUACUCGCGCCGCCCUGAUCACCGCGUCUCGAAUGUCACGUCGCCUCCUUCUGCUUAUGCACGAGGAAACCUACCGGAACAAACACACCAUGUUCCCAGAGAUGUUCCCCGCCUCGAUUGCUCUCCACUACGGCCUCAAGGCGAUCUACGCCCCUCUUCCAGUGUAUUUCGACCGCGACUGGCCCAGCGCGCAUGCCGACGAGGUCUUCAACAACGCCCCUAUCAGCCUGGAGCACAAGAAGGCCGGCAUGGACCACGGACACGGGCAUUUCCACGGUGAAGGGGGCAGCGUGUUUGGGCCCGGCGAACACGUUUUCCGAGGUGCGACGUUUUAUUCAAAUGCGGGAUUUGCCGGCUAUCUCUGGAGGAGAUGGCUUGGUAGAGAAAAUGGGAACGACGAAUUGGCCUGGGAGUCGGAAGGCGGCCCAGGAGGCGGGCGAAUGUGUUUGCCCAUGAUGGUUCUGCAUCCGAUCAAGUAUGAAUGAUGACCUAAGUUUCAUGAGCUCUGACGGGUUUCUUUGAGCGUCGAGUCCUCACCGUUACUGGGAGGAGAAAACGAACUAGGCCGCAUGGACCGUGUCAAUGAUCUCAGCUUUGAUGGGUUAUGCGGCGUCCGUUUUGAGAAGGCAUUUACCCCAAAGGCGCUGGUUAUGGAUCUUCUGCAUAUAUCCAAGACAUUUUGCUGAGGAAAGACGGCACAUAGAGUACGAGAUAAUGCUAAUCUUUGGACUUUGACAUCGCC